AUGAGAGGAGCAAGCGUACUCAGAAAUGCCGCGGCAUCGGCCGGAAAGCCAAAGCCCAUGUCGGCAGAUUCGACCUUGUAUCACGUAGCUCCCACCGGUUUCUGGAAGAAGUUUCGUGAUGCGGUAGUUAUCAACCCCGAAAUCUCCUCCGGUCUGCCCAUCCCAACGCUGCACCGCUACCCUCAGCCUGGAUCACGGACGGAGCUUUACGCUACGCCCGCAACAGCAGCGAGCGAUCCCGCUUUCAACCCCUACUACAAGCGCGACACCCGCCGAGCCUACCCUCAGACCUCCACUAUCACCCAGUCUCACCUCACCUCCCUCCUCCUCGCUUCGCCUACCCUCGCCGCCCUUCCAUCCCCUAGCACCGCCAACGUCACCCCGUCCAACUCAUCCGCCAUCUCACCUCCGUCCGACUCUGACGCGGCAUCGGUCACUGUGACCACCUCGGCUGUCCCCGCUCUCUCAUCGAUUCUCGAGAAGAUGUCUCCCGGACAAGCGCUCGCCGGAAGUGGCGUGUCGACUGGCACUACGAGCGGAGGCCUGCCGCCAGCGCCGCCAGGGAAGAAGUGGGUGCCGCAGACCGGGGAUGAGAUUCCGCAUGGGGAGCACGCGUACUUCCCGAUGAUAGGGUACAAGUAG